AUGCCUCCCUUUUCGGGCGCUAAACUGCCCGAUGAGGGAGUGAACUGCUGCAUGAGUUCCACAGCCUUUCUGGACGGUGACAGGGCUGUGCUUGCACUGGUCAACAAUUGGGAUGCACAGGCUGUGCUUGCACUGGUCAACAAUUGGGAUGCACAGGCUGUGCUUGCACUGGUCAACAAUUGGGAUGCACAGGCUGUGGUUGCACUGGUCAACAAUUGGGAUGCACAGGCUGUGCUUGCGCUGGUCAACAAUUGGGAUGCACAGGCUGUGCUUGCACUGGUCAACAAUUGGGAUGCACAGGCUGUGCUUGCACUGGUCAACAAUUGGGAUGCACAGGCUGUGCUUGCACUGGUCAACAAUUGGGAUGCACAGGCUGUGCUUGCACUGGUCAACAAUUGGGAUGCGCAGGCUGUGCUUGCACUGGUCAACGAUUGGGAUGCACAGGCUGUGCUUGCACCUAAAUGCUCAUCGUCUCCUCGCCUCUCGCACUUUUCCCAUGCCUCCAGGCUUCAAAUCUCCCGUGCUGUCGGAUGGGAUGCACAGCUGCUGGGAUGCACAGCUGCUGGGAUGCACAGCUGCUGGGAUGCACAGCUGCUGGGAUGCACAGCUGCUGGGAUGCACAGCUGCUGGGAUGCACAGCUGCUGGGAUGCACAGCUGCUGGGAUGCACAGCUGCUGGGAUGCACAGCUGCUGGGAUGCACAGCUGCUGGGAUGCACAGCUGCUGGGAUGCACAGCUGCUGGGAUGCACAGCUGCUGGGAUGCACAGCUGCUGGGAUGCACAGCUGCUGGGAUGCACAGCUGCUGGGAUGCACGGCUGCUGGGAUGCACAGCUGCUGGGAUGCACAGCUGCUGGGAUGCACAGCUGCUGGGAUGCACAGCUGCUGGGAUGCACAGCUGCUGGGAUGCACAGCUGCUGGGAUGCACAGCUGCUGGGAUGCACAUCCUGCUGUGUAGCGGUCUGGCAGAGGCAGGCAGUUAUGGCAGGAGGGGGAGGCAGAGCUGGGGAGAGAGCUGUAGCACAAGCGGCAGACGGAGCGUGCUUGCAUUGGCCUGUCUCCCUCCUUGUGCUCACCUCCUGCCUCUCGCCCAUCUCCGUCGCACUCAUUUGGAAGAACGGCCUUCGAGCCCUCGUUCGCCCUUUCCUCCGUCAAUUUCCCCCCUGGUCUGGUCUGAAGCUCUCUUGA